AUGCUUUCUUUGUGGAGAUACGAUUCCAAAUUAUCGCAAACACGAUGUCCUGAUAGCCGAUUUAUCUGGAAUCUCGCCUCAGAUACAGUAUACUCGGAGCUGCACUUGUCGCCUGGAAUACCAACAAUUACUGCGAUACUUCUGAACAUCGGUGGCCGUCCUACUACAUCGAUGGUUGGUAAUGGUGUUCAACUGGGCUCGGCUGUUAGCCUCUGUCACUCUAUGGGACUCAAUCGCAAUCCACUUCCGUGGGAUAUCCCCGAAGGAGAGAAGAGCUUGAGAAUUAAUGUUUGGUGGUCGGUAUUGAUUCAUGAUCGCUGGUGGGUUGAGAAUGUUCCAAUAGAAGUUCGAAAAAUCUUAACUCGGGGCAUAAACCUUCAUAUCCCCGGAGCCUCAAACCUCCGACUCUCAUUUCUGUCUGUGAGACUUCUCUUGCGACGAAUUGAGCUUGACCGCGCAAGACAAGAAACGAAUGCGGAUAAUGAAAUGUUAUCAAACAGUCUCAUUGAGGCACGCCGGAGUGCGGAAGAGAUUGUGACAUUCGUACAAGAACUUGAGGAGUCGCAACUCGGAGACUUCUGGCUCCCAGAAGUAGCAUUUACAUUCUCAUCAACGGUUACCUUCCUCAUUCGCUGCGCUUUAGAAACAGAGCAGAAUCCCGGCGGCUUUGCUCAGAGCCCAUCUUUACAAAUGGCAAAUGACUUCCUAUCAUCACUCAAAUCUCACCAGGAGAAGUACGGCUGGGAUUUGGCCGAUAUAUGUCUGGCACAGCACUCUGAGAUUGUUGAAAAGCUUUUAACGGUAUUACCUUCCGACAUCCCUUUGAUAGGCCCUGGUCUUGAGUCUCGGCAAUUUCUUAUGACUGAUAUGGCUUUUAUGGAUGAUAUAUUUCCUAGCAUUUGGGAUACUCUGCAGAGUAGUAUGUGA